CAUGGACAAGUAUGUGGAGAUAGCGCGGCUGUGCAAGUACCUACCGGAAAAUGACCUGAAGCAGCUAUGUGACUAUGUUUGUGACCGCUUCUUAGAAGAGUCAAAUGUCCAGCCAGUAUCGACACCAGUAGCAGUGUGUGGAGACAUACACUGACAGUUUAUGACCUUUGUGAACUAUUCAGAACUGGAGGUCAGGUUCCUGACACAAACUACAUAUUUACAUAUCACAUAUUAUGGUGAUUUUGUAGACAGAGGUUACUAUAGUUUGGAGACCUUCACUUACCUUCUUGCACUAAAGGCUAAAUGGCCUGAUCGUAUUACACUUUUGCGAGGAAAUCAUGACAGUAGACAGAUAGCACAAGUAUAUGGAUUUUAUGAUGAGUGCCAAACCAAAUAUGGCAAUGCUAGUGCCUGGAGAUACUGUACCAAAGUUUUCGACAUGCUCACAGUAGCAGCUUUAAUAGAUGAGCAGAUUUUGUGUGUUCAUGGUGGUUUAUCUCCUGAUAUCAAAACACUGGAUCAAAUUCGAACCAUUGAAUGGAAUCAGGAAAUUCCUCAUAAAGGAGCAUUUUGUGAUCUGGUUUGGUCAGAUCCUGAAGAUGUGGAUACUUGGGCAAUCAGUCCCCGAGGAGCAGGUUGGCUUUUUGGCGCAAAGGUCACAAAUGAGUUUGUUCAUAUCAACAAUUUAAAACUCAUCUGCAGAGCACACCAACUAGUGCACGAACACUAUAAAUUUAUGUUUGAUGAGACACUGGUAACAGUAUGGUCUGCUCCUAAUUACUGCUAUCAUUGUGGAAAUAUUGGUUCGAUCAUGGUCUUCAAAGAUGUAAAUACAAGAGAACCAAAGUUAUUCUGGGCAGUUCCAGAUUCACAACGUGUUAUUCCUCCCAGAACGAGGACACCGUAUUUCCUUUGA